AUGUUCCCGCAGAACCGGCCCCCGGCCCACCUCCAGGCCCCCUCUGCCGCCUCAGGAGCCACUGUUGCUGCCACUGCCAUCCCCAGCACCCCCCAGUCCCUCAAGCUGACGUACCCAGAGACCUUGGACCGCAUCAAGGAGGAGUUCCAGUUCCUGCAGAACCAAUACCAUAGCUUGAAGCUAGAAUGUGAAAAGCUGGCAACAGAAAAAACAGAAAUCCAGCGUCAUUAUGUCAUGUACUAUGAGAUGUCCUAUGGGCUGAACAUCGAGAUGCACAAACAGACGGAGAUCGCCAAGAGGCUCAACGUGAUCUGUGCGCAGCUCAUCCCGUUCCUGUCUCAGGAGCACCAGCAGCAGGUGGUCCAGGCCGUGGAGAGAGCGAAGCAGGUGACUAUGACCGACCUGAACGCGGCCAUCGGGCACCAGCUCCAGACCCAGCACCUCUCACACCACGCUCCCCCCAUCCCCCUGACCCCUCACCCCUCGGGGAUGCAGCCUGCUGGCCUGGCUGGCAUCAGCAGUGCCUCAGGGCUGCUGGCACUCUCGGGGGCUCUGGGGGCCCAGGCUCAGCUCCUCGCCAAAGACGACCGAGGAGUCCACGACGCUGAGCCCAGGGCGACAGAGCGAGACCCCGGCCCUAGCUCCCUGGUGCUGCCCAACGGGGACCGGGCAAGGGCCAUCUCCGAGUACCUGAGCAGCAGCAAGAAGAGGAAGGUGGAGGAGAAGGACUUCAUCACAGACUAUGGCAGUGAUGCAGACAAAAGUGAAGACAACUUGGUGGUGGAUGAGGACCCCUCUUCCCCACACAGUGUCCACUCCUACUCAUCCCGGGAGAACGGAGUGGAGAAGGUUCCACUGGGGAGGAAGGAGGCUGUGCCUCUCAGCCCAACCUCCAUGGCCUCCUCCAGCAGCACGUCCCCAUCUCGGAGCAAGGAUGUGCCCACGGUGGAGAAGGCAGGGACCCCCAGCCUGAAGUCCAGCACCCCGACCUCCCAGGGCGAUGCUGCAGCCCCAGGCUCCAGCAGUGCCCAGCAGUUUCGCCCCUCUGCCGCCAAGGCCCCCGUGGACCCCCUGGCCCUGGGCCUGAGGAACCCUUUGGGAGUGCAGAGCCCCUACUCGGCUGCCUUUGGCAUGGCUCACGCUGCCGUUAACGGGGACGUGGCUGGCACCGGGGGCUACGCCAGCCUCCACCUCAUGUCCCCCCAGCUCAACGGGGCCGCGGCCGCCGUGGGAGCCGGCAGCUACGGACGCUCCCCGCUGGUGGGCUACGACCCUCACCCCCACAUGCGCGUCCCAGGGCUGGCGGCUGGCAUGCAAGUGGGCACGUCGGGGAAGCCUGCCUACUCCUUCCACGUCAGCGCGGAUGGGCAGAUGCAGCCUGUGCCCUUCCCUCCCGAUGCCCUCCUGGGCUCGGGCAUCCCCCGGCACGCACGGCAGCUGCACACCCUGAGCCACGGAGAGGUGGUUUGUGCUGUCACCAUCAGCAACUCCACCCGGCACGUCUACACCGGGGGCAAGGGCUGUGUGAAGGUGUGGGACGUGGGGCAGCCGGGCACCAAGACAGCCGUGGCUCAGCUGGACUGCCUGAACCGCGACAACUACAUCCGCUCCUGCAAGCUGCUGCCCGACGGCCGCAGCCUGAUCGUGGGGGGGGAGGCCAGCACCCUCUCCAUCUGGGACCUGGCAGCCCCCACGCCCCGCAUCAAGGCCGAGCUCACCUCCUCUGCCCCUGCCUGCUAUGCCCUGGCCAUCAGCCCCGACGCCAAAGUCUGCUUCUCCUGCUGCAGCGACGGCAACAUCGUGGUGUGGGACCUGCAGAACCAGACGCUGGUCAGGCAGUUUCAGGGCCACACAGACGGUGCCAGCUGCAUUGACAUCUCCAACGAUGGCACCAAGCUGUGGACAGGGGGCCUGGACAACACAGUGAGGUGCUGGGACCUGCGGGAAGGGCGCCAGCUUCAGCAGCACGACUUCAGCUCCCAGAUCUUCUCCCUGGGCUACUGCCCGACAGGAGAGUGGCUGGCAGUGGGCAUGGAGAGCAGCAACGUGGAGAUCCUGCACGUCACCAAACCAGACAAGUACCAGCUGCACCUCCACGAGAGCUGUGUCCUCUCCCUCAAAUUCGCCUCCUGCGGGAAGUGGUUUGUGAGCACGGGGAAGGACAACCUGCUCAAUGCCUGGAGGACACCCUAUGGAGCCAGCAUCUUCCAGUCAAAGGAAACCUCCUCUGUCCUCAGCUGCGACGUCUCCACCGACGAUCAGUUCAUCGUCACCGGCUCAGGGGACAAGAAAGCCACAGUUUAUGAGGUCAUGUACUGA